CAUCGCAAACGUAAUCAUAUUCUUGCUUCAAUUCUUUUUAUAUUAUGUCGCCAAAAUGGUCUACCACGUACUUUUGUUGAAAUAUGUAAUGCUGCUUCAAUUAGGAAACAAGAGAUUGGAACUUAUUAUCGUCUCAUGCUUAAAGUAUUUGAGAGCAAUGGCUUGGGUGAUGGAUCUAAUGGAACUGUAGAUUCUGCUGAAUAUUUGAAACGAUGGUGCCAAAAUCUUAAACUUCCACAACAUAUACUCAAUGCAGCUAUUCAUGUUUAUAGACAAGCCAGUGAAUUAAAUAUUACUACCGGAAAAUGUCCAGUAUCUGUUGGAGCUGCUUCAAUAUGGUUAUCUAUACAUGCAUGGAAUGAAACUAGAACUUCAACCUAUAGCCACACUGUACAUACGGAUGAUGCAGAGUUGAUAAAAGUAGAACAUAAAGAUGUUGCAACAGCUGCUGGUGUCGUUAAUGCUACUCUUGUUGGGUGUUUCAAAAAUUUAUUAAGAUUCAAAGAACAAUUAUUACCUGAAGGAUUUUUGAAGGAAGCCAGAGAAAGAUCACCUUAUUAUUUAAAGUCAAAUUCAAUAAACUGUGUUAAUAAUAAUAAUUCGGAAAGUGAUGCAUAUGGUCGAUUGUCUUCGUCAACGGAUAACGUUAAAUCUUAUAUUUCUAAAGCUGAUAAUAGCGAUAAUGGCAAAUCAAAAGUUGAAACGGCUACAACUGAAACAACUUCAAAGCCUAUAAAAAGUGAGCCAGUAUCAAAAUUGCCAACGAAGUCACAAGUCAAGGUUGAGAGGAGCGAAACGAAUACUCAAUCAUUGAAAUCACCAAUUAAAGAAACCGAAACUAUAGAUAAAGUUCCAGCAAUUUCUAAAAAAGAAGUAAAAAAUGAAAAAACUUUACCGGUAUUAAAAUCUCCACCUAGAAUGACAAAACCAAUACCUGAAAUUGAACCUGGUCAAGAAGACGCUGACGAUGAACUAGAAGAAGGAGAGUUAAGAGAAGAUGAUGAUGAUAAUAUGGUGGUUGAUUAAAAAAAAAAAAAAUUUUUUUAAUAAACGUUAUAACUUAUUCAAAUUAUCCAAUUUUUCUUUAAUAAUUUAGUAAUGCAAUGAUAUUUUAGGUAAUGUAAUUAGAUAGAUGAGAAAAAUUUAGUGUACAAAUCUUUUUUUUAAAGAAAUAGUAUCAUCAUUUUCAAAAGUAAUUUUAUUAGUAAUCUAUUUUUUUAUAUAUAUAUAAUUGUAGUAAUUAUUUUGGUCCCUUAAAAAUGUAAUGGAGGUUCAAUGAUUAAGGAAAUAGAAAAAUUUCAUUAGAAUUUUAUUAAAUGAAAUUUAUAAUUAAUUAAUUUUCUUGAAAUUACUACAAGAAUUUAUUAUAAAAUACAUUAUAUAUUUUUUCACUUCAUUUCACUUCAUUUAUACAUAAUAUUCAUUCAACGUCAAGAUAUUCCUCCUUUCUAUACUUAACACCUUUUUUGUUAAAUAUAUAAAUAUAUAUAAUA